AUGACCCUCGAGACCCUCCGCGAAUCCGUUCAUGCCGAUACCAACAUUCCCGGCUCUUCGCUUCACAUUUACUACAACGGCCGCCUCCUCACCGACGACACCAAAACUAUCGAAGAGCUGGGAAUACCCAAUGGCGGUAUGCUAGCUGUCCACGUCAGACAUCUCAGAGGCAACACGGGUGCCAAUGAGGCCGCCGCUCAGCCACAACCACCUCAACCGCCCCCGCGAUCUCAGGGCAGCGGUAGUAAUGACCCCGAGCUGAUCCGCCUGCAAAUUUUGGGCAAUCCGGCCCUAAGGGAACAGCUGCAAAGGCAGCAUCCAGAGCUUGCCGCCGCUGUGGAUGAUCCAGUGCGCUUCUCCCAAAUCUUUCAGAACAGCCAGGACAGGGACCGUCGAGAGCGAGAGGAGAGACAGCGGGAGAUCGAGAGACUAAACCAGGAUCCCUUCAAUAUUGAAAACCAGAGAAAAAUCGAGGAUAUGAUCCGCCAGGAACGAGUCAUGGAGAAUUUACAGAGUGCCAUGGAACACAACCCUGAAGUUUUUGGUCGCGUACAUUUGCUAUACAUUGAUGUCGAAGUAAACGGGCACAAGGUAAAAGCUUUGGUAGACUCCGGCGCUCAAGCCACUAUCAUGUCACCCGCGUACGCCGAGGCAUGCGGUAUCAUGCGUCUCAUCGACACGAGAUUCGCUGGUGUGGCCCGUGGCGUCGGCACCGCCAAGAUUCUGGGACGAGUUCACUCGGCCCAGAUCAGAGUCGGCAACCUGUUUCUUCCGUGCAGCUUCACUGUCAUGGAGGGGAAGACGACGCAUUUGCUCCUUGGCUUGGACAUGUUAAAGAGAUAUCAAGCUACCAUCGAUCUUGCUAGAGAUAGGCUUAUUAUCCAAGGACAGGAAGUACCAUUCUUGGGCGAGGCCGACAUUCCCAAGGAUGAAGAGCCAGUCGAGCAAGAAGCCACUAUUCCGGGCCCUGCCGGAACCACCAUUGGUCAGGAGACGGGUGCAGUCCUGCCGCCGCAGCAGCCAUCGACCCAAGCUUCAUCAAUUUCUGCGCAGCCAGCACAGGCCCCGAGGAGUAUCCCAGGCGCCCCGGCACCUUCAGCAGCAACACCAACUUCAACUUCAACGCCAAACGUUACUGCGUCACAUGUGGAAAGCCUGAUGGCUAUGGGAGCCACACGGGAACAGGCGAUCCAAGCUCUGCAGGCUGCAGAAGAUAAUGUCGAUGUAGCAGCAAGUCUGAUUUUCUUUUAG